CCAUCUCACACCAUCACUUCACGCCGUCGCUGCAGCAGCAUACAGCAUGUCGGCUUCACCGCCUGCUCCUCCUCGCGAGAGGAUCGCAGACCCCAAUGCCAUCUUCGACGACGACCCAGAGGAGGAAGAGGACGAAGGGGAGGACAUCGGAGAGGCAGACGGAGAUGCUGCGCCUGCUUCCAGCAGGAGGCGCCACUUUGAUGACGAUGAUGACGAUGAGGAUGAAGAUGAUGAGGAGGAAGAGGAGGACGACGAGGAGGAAGAUGGUGCAGCAGCGCAGUCAUCUACUCGUCGUCGUCGCAAACGUCGUGCUGGCAACCGUUUCCUCGAUGUUGAGGCCGAGGUAGACGAGGAGGACGAAGAGAUGGACGAGGAGGAUGAGGAGUUGCUCAAGGAGGAUGGAUUCAUCGAGCAAGAAGCAGGAGACGAAGGCGAAGACUCCCGCCGACGCUACGCAGCCGACAACCAACGUCUAGACCGGCUGCGUCGCGAGCAAGAGGACAAGUCCGCCGAACAGCUCGCUGAAGAGCUCAACGAGCGCUAUCGUCGCUCAGCACGCUAUGCCGCUCAAUCCGAUUACGCCGAGGUCCCGCAGCGUCUCCUCAUGCCCAGUGUCGACGACCCCAAGCUCUGGUCCGUCCGCUGCAAGAUCGGUCGAGAGCGAGACAUAGUCAUGACCUUGAUGCGCAAACAAGACGCCAUGAAUGGUCAGCUGCGCUUCAUCUCGGCCUUCUGCCGCGAUUCAAUCCCUGGUCGCAUCUACGUCGAAUGUCGGGGCGCCAAUGACGUCCUCGAGGCGUGCAUCGACAUCGUCGGCUGCUAUGCGCGCAAUGAGGCCAACCUGACCAUGGUCCCCAUCGGGGAAAUGGCUGACCUGCUCAAGAUCACCAAAUACACACCCACGGUCAAGAUUGGAGGGUGGGUGCGCCUCAAGCGCGGCAAGUACGCGGGAGACCUUGCUCAAGUCAUCGAUCAGGCGGAAAACGGCGAGGACGUAGGGAUCAAAUUCGUCCCGCGCAUCGACAUGAACCCACGAGAUAUGGGCGAGAUGUUCACGGACAAGAAUGGGAAGAAGCGAAAGAAGAUUGCGAGGGCGGGAGCAGAUGGCAGGGGACCGAGACCACAGCAGCGCUUUUUCAAUCCCGAUGAGGUUCGCAAGGUCUACAUUGGGACAGACAGGCCCGUGAAGCGUGGAGACAAGGAGUGGGUCUUCCAGAAGGAUACAUUCAUCAAUGGCUACUGUGAACGAGACGUCCGCAUCGACCAUCUCAUCCUCGAAGACGUCCAGCCCUCCCUCGACGAGAUCACCAAAUUCACCGGCUCAGCAGCAGAGCGCGGCGCCGAAGCUGGGGACGAAGCAGCUUUGGACCUCGAGACUCUGGCCAAAGCCUCGCGCGACACGGGCACAACGACGCUUGAACGCGACGACGCCAUCGAGGUCUUUGAGGGCGACCUGGCCGGCGUGGUGGGCACCGUAGCCAAGAUCUCGGGCAAUGUCAUCACGAUUCAGUUCGAGGAUACGACGGCUGAGGUGCCGUCUAGCUCGGUGCGCAAGCGCUUCAAGCCGGGAGAUCACGUUAAGGUUACGAGUGGGAAGCAUCAAGACGAGACUGGUUUGGUAGUCAAGAUCGAGGACAACUUUACGACUUUCCUUUCGGACUUGACGCUCAGUGAGGUGACAGUGUUCAGUAAGGAUUUGCGACAAGCUACGGAGAUUGGGUCAGGGGUCAACGACAUUGCCGGGUACGAGCUGCACAAUCUGGUUCAGCUGGAUGCGCAGACGGCUGGUGUCAUCUUCAAGAUCGAGCGCGAGACGUUCCGCGUGUUGGACCAGCUUGGGAACGUGGUGAGCGUGAGGCCACAUCAAAUCAGCAUGAAGAGGGAUACGAUGAGGGCUGUGGCGCUGGAUAAUGAGGGCUCCGAGUUCCGCGCAGGCGACAAGAUGAAAGAAGUCGACGGCGAGCAGCGUGAAGGCCAAGUCCUCCACAUCUACCAGUCAGUCCUCGUCUUCAUGCACAGCCGCGACAUGCCCGACAAUGGUGGAGUCUUCAUCUCUCGUGCACGCCAGCUGGUUCCCGUCGCCCCCAAGAGCACGGCCUUUGCGGGCGCAGGGAUGAAGGGAACUGAUCUGAGCAAGCAGAAUCCGCAGCUCACUGCGGGCUUGAACCCAGACGCCGUUUCUGGCGGUGGCGGUGCCGCAUCAAGUAUGAGGAGGAUGGGUCGCGACCCGCUGCAGGGCAAGACCGUCUCCAUUAUCAAGGGACACUACAAGACGUACCGCGGCAUCAUCAAGGACACCAAUGGGCCAAUGGCUCGCGUGGAGCUGCACACCCUUCCAAAGAUCUUGACGGUCGAAGUCAAGUAUCUCGUCGAGAAGGACCCCAUCACGGGCAAAUCCCGCCCGCUCAUGGGCAAUGCGCCUCUGCCCGGCAGCAAUGCAGGCGGCAUGACGGCUUAUGGCGCGCCGAGAUCUUCUAAUCCAUACGCGACGCCCUACCUCGGCAUGGGCGGUGCGACGCCCUACGGCAAUGCUACGCCUGGCUACGGGCUGGCAGGUAAGACGCCCAACCCCUAUGCAAUGGGAGGCAAGACGCCCAACCCUUACGCAAGUGGAGGAGGAGGCAAGACGCCCAACCCCUACGCUGCUGGUGGAGGCGGGAAGACGCCCAAUCCCUACGCCGAUGGCAGCAAGACGCCCUACAACCCCUACGGCGGUGGAGGAGGGGGCAAAACGCCCAACCCUUAUGCCAGCGGCGGGGGAGGCAAGACACCAAAUCCCUACGCAGACGGUUCCCGCACACCCGCCUACCCGGGCGCAGGUAGCGACUCGCACGACCCACGACCACAGCGAAGCGGCGGCUAUGGUUCCAAUCCCUACGCAUCCGCCGCUACGCCUUACGGGGCUGCCCCUACUCCUGGAGCGUAUGCUGCUCCCACACCAGGCGCAAGCUAUGCUGCCCCGACUCCCGCCGCAGGAGGCGGUGGCAAUCCGUACGCCGCCCCCACGCCCGGAGCGGGCCCCGCUUCUACGCCAUGGGGAGCGCCCACACCAGCCAUGUCGGCUCCCACGCCCGGUGGGGCUCUCCAUCACGGCGGCGGCGGCGGCGGCGCACCAACUCCCUGGGCCAGCCAUGCGCCUCGCCCUGCUCACGGUGCAGGCGCAGGUGCCGGCUUGGACGGCGAAGAUGCGCCAAUGGCCGAGACGCUCGUGCGUAUCCUCUCGCAUCGCCCGACUGGCUCCUCGUACGAGGGAGGAAGGUUCGACCGUCGUACCGGUGCAGUGAUGAGCGUCACUCCCAACGGAUCCGCUGCGACGGUUCAAUUGGACGGGGGAGGCGGGGAGGUCUUGCGCGACGUGCCCGCGAAGUUCAUCGCCCCGCAGCGCCCUGACCGAGCGGGGGAGCUCUGUGUUGUCACGCUGGGGCCUUUCAAGGGAAGGAGCGUCAAGGUGGCUUCGGUGGAUGCGAACGAGUUCAUGGUAGCGCUGGAGGACAAGAGCAUGCAGGUCCUGCCCCCGGGGGCGUUGGCCAAGAAGGCGUAGCCGCCCGAGGGGAGGGGAGGGGACUGUUGUGCGCCGGGAAGGGGCGGGUAGGGACAGUGUAGCUACUUUGUGACGACGGAUCGAUCGAGCUUUCGUCAGUCAAUGCCACGCAGCAAUAUGCAUCAUCACAUUCGAAAUCGUCGAAGAUUGCAUGGCUUCUCGGAGCGGCCCGAGCGGCUAGGCUAGGCUAGCCUAGCCUGGCGUAGGAUGAUCAGGAGGCGGGCCGUGCUCUCACUGGCUGCGGGGACGGAGGCGGGUGCGGAUGGACGCGUAGCGCGGAUCAAUGUAUGGCCGCACUGGCUCAAAGUCCAAUCAAUUCGCAUCGAAAGGCAGAU